AUGUCAUCUAAAGAGGCAGACAGAAUUAGUGCUGCUCAGCAGACCCUUGACACCCUCUAUGAGAUCUCGCAGCUGCUUAAUACACAGCUUGAUAAGGAGACACUCGCGACAUGUGUGGGUAUGAUCGAGAGUGGUGUCAACCCGGAGGCCCUUGCAGCUGUUAUUCAGGAGCUGCGGCGUGAAGCCGCUGCUGUACAGAACGCACACUCUGAUGUGCGUUGA